AUGACGGGGAGGAAGGUUUGGUUUGUUAAAAUCAAUCCCGCCAUGAAGAACAAAGUGAAGUUCGCGGAUGACACCACUCUAAAGGCUGAUGGGAUCAAUGAUGUUUUGAUCAUAAGAAUGGAUGAUAGAUAUUCCUUGAUCAAAGAUGUUUUGUACAUUUUGGGAAUCAAAUAUAAAUUUCUAAGUAUUGGCCAAUUGCUUGAGAAUGGUUACAAGAUUCACAUGGAAAACAAGGGGUUGCGCGUUAUGGACGCAAAAGGAGAUUUGAACAAAUUAGGUCAAGGAGGGUUCGGAAGUGUAUACAAAGGGAAUUUACCUGAUGAAUGUGUUGUUGCAGUGAAGGUUUUAAGUGAAUCAAAAGAUAAUGGUGAAGAUUUUAUUAAUGAAGUUGCAAGUAUCAGGAGAACUUCACAUGUCAACAUUGUUAAACUUUUGGGAUUCUGUUUGGAUGGAUCUAAAAAGGCAUUAAUAUAUGAAUUCAUGUCUAAUGGAUCUCUUGAGAAUUAUGGAAUGAUUUUAGAAAUGGUUGGUCGAAGUAAGAACAUUAAACUUGAAGUGGAUUGUUCUAGUGAAUUAUAUUUUCCACACUGGAUUUAUAAACGUCUUGAAUUGAAUCAGGAUUUUGGACUUAAGUGUAUUAAAAAUGAAAUUGAUGAAGAAAUGGUAAGAAAAAUGACAAUGGUGAGUUUAUGGUGCAUACAAACUGACCCUUCAAAUCGACCAUCAAUGCGUAAAGUGGUGGAAAUGUUGGAAGGGAGCCUUCAAGUGCUGGAAAUACUGCCCAAACCCUUUUUGUCUUCUCCUUCAACAUCUUCAAUCCAUAUAUCAUCUGAAAUGUUGUAA